AUGGACUUCCACGGACCGAUUAUACCGAUUUCGCAACGCGGUAACAAAUAUAUUAUCUCUCUCACCGAUGUACUAUCCAAAUUCGUCAUUGCAAAAGCAGUUCGCGAUUGCACAGCUGAAACAGCAGCACGUUUUCUCAAGGAGGAGGUCAUUUUAAAAUAUGGUACACCUCGGUGCAUUUUGACCGAUAAUGGGAGUCAUUUCACAGCAGCAGUGAUGGAAGAAUUAUUUAAACGAAUGGGUGUUAUUCAUCUAUAUUCGACACCGUAUCAUCCGCAGACUAACGGACAAAUCGAACGAUACAACGCUACCAUGGAUGCAAAAAUUGCUGCAUUAUCAAAUGAACGCCGUACAAACUGGGACGAACAGCUACCAUUCGUAACUUUCGGUUAUAACACCAGUAUCCACGCAACAACUGGACAAACACCGGUCCAAAUGAUGUACGGUCGAAAACCCGUUCUUCCAUUUGAUCAACAAUCACCUCUCGUUUCCCUACCCCAAGAUCCUGAACACGUACAAAAAUUAAACGAAUAUCUAUCGGGUCGAACUGGUGAUGCUAAAAGAAAUAUCCUCGACCAACAACAAAAAUAUAAACAACGCAUCGAUCUAAUCCAAGCUACAAAAUUGGUGCUCUCGUUCUUGUAA